UUUGUCUAGCUAUGGCGGCCAUUCACGUCUUCUGGCAUGAUGGGAUGCUCAAGCACGAGCCGCUUCAUGGGAUCUUUGACUCACUCAGCGGCGCAGGGCGUUUGUUGGCUGUCUUGGAUCAGCACCCAGAGAACGCAACCCGGGUCCUUAACAUCAAAUCCAUUCUCGAGAAAGGACCCAUCUCUCCUCGGAUCGUGUGGCACCAGGGAAGGAUGGCAACCAUUCAGGAACUUCACCUCUUCCAUGACCCAGAUUAUAUCCAGAAGCUGAUCGACGCUGACAAAGCUGGUGGCACGACGAUCUUUGCUCCUGGAACCUGCUUCAAUCCCGGCUCCUGGGAAGCGGCUCUUUUAGCUGCCGGAUCCACACUUGACGCUGUGAAGCACGUCCUGGAGGGUAAGUCGAAUCUGGCCUACGCACUGGUGAGACCUCCAGGCCAUCACGCGCAGCCUUCUCGAGCCGACGGCUACUGCUUCCUCAACAAUGCCGGACUCGCCGUCCAGUUUGCUCUCAGCUCCGCUUCUGUAAAAAGAGUAGCAGUGGUGGACAUCGACGUGCACUAUGGAAACGGAACCGCCGCUGGAUUCUACUCGAGAGACGACGUCUUGACGAUCUCGCUCCAUAUGGAUCACGGCCCCUGGGACGAGUCUCACUCCGCCGAGUUCGGGCAGCCGGAAGAAGCUGGCACAGGGAAAGGAGUCGGAUACAACGUUAACAUUCCUCUUCCAAACGGGACCGGCGAUAGAGGAUACCAGCACGCGAUGGAGAAACUUGUGGUUCCAAGGCUGGAGAGCUUCGAGCCGGAGCUGAUCGUUGUCACCAUGGGCCAGGAUUCUAGUGCUUUUGAUCCAAAUGGAAGGCAGUGCCUGACAAUGAAAGGCUACCGUGUCCUGGGAAGGAUGAUCCGCGAGCAAGCCGAGAAGCAUUCGAGUGGCCGGAUGGUGCUCGUCCAGGAAGGAGGAUACCAGCCAUGCUACACGGCCUUUUGCGUCCACGCGACGCUCGAGGGUGUUGCGGGGGUGGACGAGGCGCUGCUGGACGAUCCCAUUGCCUACUAUCCAGAGGACGAGACAUACGCCAUCCUCAAAGUGGCCGAGCUCGAGAAAAGACUCCAUCAACUUGGUUGAAAGAUCCAAGAAAAAUGGAGGUACAUUACCAUUUCGUGAUCUAGAAUGCAGCGCUUCCAUAACCCUCGUGAUCUUGUGCGCUAGGAUUGUCAGCAAAGAUUGCAAGAGCCUAGAACACACCGAGAAGAAAAAAAAUACAAAGAUUCCAAGUCCGCGCGGC